AUGACCAAUCAAAUCAAUCAAUCUGACCAAUCUGGAUUGAUUGUUGCGGAGUCUGCGGACCACCAGGAUGAGCAAUUACUGCAAGCCUUGCAGAAAAUGGGACGGAACUGGAAGUCGAUUCGAGACCAAAGAUUCCAUGGCCGCUCUCGCAACGACGUGAAGAACAGAUACACGAUCCUCACUCGACGCGCAUCAUCGUCGACAUCGGCAACCACCAAGCGGAAUACACCAGAUACGGAGAAUGACGAAGAUGAUGAGCAUGAUAGGGCUUUCAGUGUCCCAGAAGAUGAUGGUGAAGAGGAGGAAGAUGACGACUAUGAUGACGAGGACGGCGACAAUCACCACAACAACAACAACAACAACAUGAUUUACGAUAAUGGAGGAGACGUGCGGGAUACAAAUAUUGAUUUUGCGUCCAAGGCAGCUGGUCAAGACACUAUGGAUCUCGGUCCAUUUCCCACCCCCUUUUCAUCUUAUGAUUUCGGCACAGCAACCAUGUCGCCAACCGAACAUGCCUUUUCUCUUUCGUUCUCGAUGGACGACAUUAUAGAUCUUGACAACCCCCAAGUCGACCAUAGUUACCCUUUUGAUGCCUCACCGGACCAAUUCGACUUACUGAACAUGACUCACGUCGAGCCGUCCGUCAACGACAUGCUUGGAGUGGACAAUAAGGCGCUGUGGCAGGAGGACUCGUGCAUCUCUCCCAUGUCGUGCGGUCGGCAAUCGGCUGGACAAUCGACGUACAAGCGAGUUACGCUGGUUUUGGAAGACUACGACAAGGGAUUGAUGGACCAGUUGCUUCACAUUGUGAGCACGAGUCAAGGGAAAUCACAGAUAGAGAUUAUGCCUUGAAUUUCAAGAAUAUUUACAAAUGCAAACUACUACACA